AAAAUGCGGGUGUUUUCAGUGUUUUGUGUUUUAGUCGUUUUCCUUGCUGGGGUCCAGGCUCAAGGCGGCGUUUUUUCAGGAUUUAUGAGUUUUGUAAACAGAUUUAAUCCUUUCCGUCCCACCUCGUCCUCUAGCCGUCCUCAAUCCUUCUCUAGGCCGUCCGCGAACACUUUCUCUCGUCCUCCCUCAAACUCCUUCCAAGCUCCUUCGUCCAACUCUUUCCCUGCUCCUUCCUCUAACUCUUUUCCAGCUUCAAGUUCCAACUCCUUCGCUUCUCCUUCAAGCUCCAACUCCUUUCCUUCUCCUUCCUCCAACUCCUUCCCUUCUUCUUCCUCUAACUCCUUCCCUUCUCCUUCCUCUAACUCCUUUCCUUCUCCUCCCUCUAACUCCUUCCCUUCUCCUUCUGCUCCUUCAUUUUCCUCUGCUGGGUAAAAUAUUUAUUUUUAU